GCAGGAGGCCCCCGGGUCGACCCAAGACACGUUGGAGAGGUUACAUCUCCAAUCUGGUCCGGGAACGCCUUGGGGUCCUGCCGGAGGAGCUGGUGGAGAAGGCCGGGGAGAGGACGGUCUGGAGCUCCCUAGUUGGAAUGCUGCCCCCGCGACCCGGGCCCGGAUAAGCGGAGGAAGACGACGACGACACUUUUUAAAUUCUGUUCUUUCACAUCGAUUUUAAAGAGUUUAGAUGUUUUGUUAUUAAAUUCAUGUUUCUUACCAUAAAUGUUUUCGAAACGUUGUAAAGUAACUUCCAUAAGUCAUACGUCCAGCCAGUCGUCUAGUGUGACAUCAUCAUCAGGCGCAUGACCCUGAGCCGGCUCACAUGAGAGAACAUGGCAUCUAAUAUGCCGUCCUCCAGAGACUUUGACCAGCACCCAUGUGUUUUAGAUUUUUAUGGUUAUGCAGCCGCCAUGUUGGUAGCUUUGUUACUUGUUUCUUGUUACUUCAGACAACAGAGUGCUAAGUCUUGCAGCUUCAUUCAAUCUAUUAUUCAUUUGAAAUAUUGGACAAUUCCUGUCCAUAGGCUUAUAAGAUUGUAAUCUGAAAUGGGAGGUGGCCACCACCGCCAUUUGGAUUAUGUCACACGUUAAUCGUUAAAAUCCACUAACACCACAAACAAAAAAGCCAAAAAUGUCAGUUAUGCAGAGCUACAGCAGCAGCAAGUUUGUGCUCUGGUCUUGGGUCUGUCAUAUGGAUCCAAACCGUUUAUAACGCUGAUGUUGUCCACACAUCAGUCCCUGGCUUCCCUGUUUGAUGAAUCCCUGUAUAUUCUGCAUCAUUUUCGCGAUUUUAACCUGUGUUUACCUCAUUCUUUCUCCCAAAUCUGCUUUUCGUCUGCAAUUUACUGUUAGUUUCCAUGAUUUGUUUGCACUCGUGAGGCUACCUACAUGUGCGCCACGUCCCAAAAUGCACCACAUAAUCACACGUAAUCACAAGCUCUAUCCUGGACCUGGAGAGCCGCUAUCCACCAUUUAUAGUUAUUUCCCUGCUUUACCUCACCUGAUUCAAUGGUUGAAUCACCUGUUCAGUAGGUCAUCAGUCUCACCUGUGGCUCAUCGGCACCAAUGAGUUAGUAGUGAAAUAGUGAUUGUAGUGUAAAGCAGUUGGUAUCUGUUAUAAAUGUUUCAAAGGAUGAUGAAACAUGAAGAAUCCUAAUAAUCACAGCUCCUUUGCAAAUUUGAUGAUCACUGACUAGUGAAAUUAUUGCCAAAGAUUAUUCAUAUACCUCCAAAGCUGUUAUGAGUGAAAAAGCAUCACUUUUUUUAUUUAUUAUUACAGAAAUAAUCCAGUUUAAACAAGAUGGCUCAAAAAGCUUCAAAGGUCCUUAUUUUAAAAGCAAAACCAGCCUUUACAGUUACCCCAACAUGAUGUAAACAGAGUUAAUCUCCCUUUUUGUCUUUUUAAAAAAUGUAUGUGACUAUUGCAGCCAUAGUGGUGUUUAACAUGGCUCCAGUUCAGCCCAGCAGGACUCCCCCUUUCCCUCAUGACUGUGUGUAAAGCCGUGGGAGAGGACUGGGAACAUUAAUCCCAUCAAAGGAACAGAUCUAAUUCAAAAUCUGCCGCUCCAAACUAGUUGAGAGGACAGUGAUUGUUUCUGCAGGGAAGCCUGAUAAAGAUCACAGAGCUGAACUACAACUUUUCAUUUCUGCCACCAAAAGGAAAGUUUUGGUUAUUAUCUGAUGAAAGCCGCAUCGUUUUGCCUUCAUUAAAUGUUCUGGGAAAAAAAAUAAUAAAAUUACAGGUUUUCUUUAAAAAGAUGUUUGGAUGUUUUUCUGCUCUAAUCAAGACAUCUAAACAGCAAAUGUUUAAGUUUGACAAUGCAUCCAAGUGAGAUAUAUAAACACUUGAUGGAUCAUCACUUGGAUUAUCUGCUGAGAGAUAUCCCUGCAGGCUCUGAUGUCAGAACCAUUUUUACACAAUAAAGGAGGGAAAAAUGUUUAAAUGUAAAAUCAGCUUCUGAUAAAACAAGUGAUUGAAAUGAAAAUAAUUCAGAGCGGGUGUAAUUAUGUGUUUAAUGCCAAGCUGCACAGUUCAAAGGCACAACAAAAGCAAAAUUUAAUUCUAAUUAGAAUAAAAAAUAGAGAGGCAGAUUCAUCGGAGAUGAGAACUUUGUGUUGAGUCACUUGAUUUUGGUCUCUUCUCCAUCAAACAGUCGCUCUUGGAGAUCUCCAGAGAUAACAAUGUCACAUUGUCACAUAAGGUUCUGCUACAAAUCCUUAAUUACAAAUAGAGGAUCAGAUGAAUACAGCAUCCAAUGGCGGGGUCUCCAGGCGGCGUGGAGGUCUUUGAUCAAGAAAAUCCAAUUAUUUGUGUAUAUACAUUUCCCACAUAGUGAUUACUUCAUUAAUUGUCCCGCCUUUAUCUCCUCCCUUCCCAACCCCCCUAAUAAUCAGCUCCUUUAUCCAGACCAACAAACACACCAUAGGAGCUUUGUGGAUUCAAAGGAUUUGCUUUCCCCUCUCAAAGAGCCGCUAUUCUUUGAUGAUUGGGCAGCGGCAAACUUCAAAGUAAUAAAUCUUAUUUCUGACUGGCUGGCGGCCCACCAAAGUCUUUAUCAAAUUCUAAAAAGUGAUCCCUCACUCUUCAGAUACACAGAGGAUAUAUCGGAGAGAGGAGGCACAGGAGAGCCCGCUCGACGCGCACAUUUCACUCCGAAUGCGCAUAUUCAUCCAAAUUACUGCGCUUAUUUAUUAUUAUUAUUAUUAUUAUUAUUAGCUGUUUGGCUUCGCGAGGAGGAGGACCCUCACCAUGGCAGCUGUGGCUGUUCUGCGGAAUGAAACACUGCAAGCUUUUCUCCAGGACCGGACUCCUAACUCUUCUCCUGAGAACUGUAAACACUCUCCGUUGGCUCUUCUGGCUGCAACUUGUAACCGGAUCGGGCACCACCCGGGGUCCAACCCCCCAGAUUUCCUCCAGGUUCCCUACGACCCCACUCUGGGCUCCCCGUCGCGUUUAUUUCACCCGUGGACUAACGAGGGGCCCCCCCAGAGCAGCCUGACCAGCAACUCCACUUUCGGACUAUCCUCCAAGCCCCAGCUGUCUGCGCACCUCCAGAGCUCCUUCAGCUCCCACCACGAACUGCCCCUCACCCCUCCGGCGGACCCCUCUUACCCUUAUGACUUCUCCCCGGUCAAGAUGUUACCUUGCUCCAUGCAGUCCACCUGCCCCCCGACCUACGUCCCUGCCGUCAGUUACGCACCGACGCCCAUCCCGCCCGCCAUGCCAAGUUUUGUCACGGGACCCUCCGGACUUGUCCACCAGCAGCAGAGACAGUUGUCCCCAAACCCGGGGGAGGACAUUCCGUGGUGGAGCCUCCAGCAGGGGAACCACGUGAGCCACUCUUCCUCCCUCGGUCCUCACCGCUUCCAGCUGCAGAGAGGCUUGGUCCUGGGCCACACGGACUUUGCGCAAUACCAGACGCAGAUCGCCGCUCUGCUGCACACCAAGUCGCCGCUGGCGACCGCGCGGAGGUGCAGGCGGUGCAGGUGUCCCAACUGCCAGUCCUCCACCUCCAGCGACGAGCCCGGCAAGAAGAAGCAGCACAUCUGUCACAUACCGGGCUGCGGGAAAGUUUACGGGAAAACGUCGCACCUGAAGGCGCACCUGAGGUGGCACUCUGGCGAGCGGCCGUUCGUGUGCAACUGGCUGUUCUGCGGCAAAAGUUUCACCCGGUCGGACGAGCUGCAGAGACACCUGAGGACUCACACCGGGGAGAAGCGCUUUGUGUGUCCGGACUGCUGCAAGAGGUUCAUGAGGAGUGACCAUUUGGCCAAACACGUCAAAACUCACCAGAAUAAAAAGAGCAAGUGCCACGAUAAGACGCUGGAGCACGUGAAAAGAGAGGACACGAGGAGUAUGCUGUAACACACCUGUAGUCAUUAACACACCUGUGCAAUACACUCACUCAGAGUCCAAGUGCAUCAAUGAGCUACGUUUCAGUCCCUGGUUGGAAACUUUUUUUUACACCGGCUCAAGUUUCCUGGUCUGUGUCACAUUUCUGUGUAAAUAUAAAGUUUAAUUUGGGACCAAGUUUGGAUUCCCUGUAUCUUAACAAGGAGGACAAGUUUUCAACUUGUGUUUCUGGAUCUUCUGUGGAAGAUCUCACCCCCUGUAAAUGAUAUAGCUUUUGUUGAAAGAAAGUGUCUGUUUCCUUGCUCCACAUGGGGGGUGUUUUAAAGCAUGCUCUUGAACAGAUCUGCUUAUUGUUGACAUGACCCAAAUGCUGUGUGAGAAUAAAAGUUUUAACAUUU